AUGCCGAUAGCAACAAUGCUACCCACAUUGCUGGGCAUCGCCGCUGCAAUCGUGAUGCUCUGGGUCGGCAUGAGAAACUUGGGUCAAGAGCCUGGCAGAGAAGAUUCUCGAGCACUGCUGGCGCUUCGCCCAGCCAGGACAGCAUCAGAGGGGGUGCUGAAGGUGCCGAACAUCAUCUGGAUACUCACGGAUGACCAGGAUCAGGUGCUUGGAGGCUCCUUCCCCCCAACCAGCCCGGGAGGUGCCACGCCCAUGCCGAAGACCAAGCGCCUGCUGAGUGAUGCCGGGAUCUGGGCGGAGAACUGGUACAUUCAUGUUCCCAUCUGCAGCCCCUCGCGCUCGACUCUCCUGAGCGGCCGAUAUUUCCACAACAUCAAGCAAGUGGCUGGGCCAGGUGCCGGCAUGCACGUGAACUACAGCAAGGUCAAUGGCGACACCUUCGUGCGGCGCCUGCACUCGGCGGGCUACACGACCGGCAUGUUCGGCAAGUAUCUGAACGUGAUGCCCCAGACUGUGCCGCCUGGGUUCGACGUGUGGUUUGCAAACGACGGCGGCGACUACUUUGCCCCGAAGUUCAUGGUCAGUGGCGUUGAGGGGCUCCCAGAGGGCUGGGUCAAGUUCAGCAACGCCCCCUCGAACUACAGCACGUCUGUGAUCGGGAAUAUGUCGGUGGCUUUCAUCGAGAAGGCCAUCGAUCAAGGCCGGCCUUUCAUGGCGUACAUCGCCCCAAAAGCCGCCCAUGAGCCGUUUAAUCCGGCUCCAUGGUACCGCGACACCUGGGACCCCUCCUGGCCGGAGCACGAGCCUCGGGCCGAGAACUGGAACUGCUCUGCUGCCAGCCGGCAAGGCCAUCAUGGCAACAUCGCCACGGAGCCGCUCUUGACCCCGGAUGCCUCCAGCGUCAUCACCGGCGUUUUCAAGAACCGCUGGCGCACGCUGCUGUCGGUCGAUGACUUGAUUGCAGAGGUGAUCGGGAAAGUGGAAGAGCUCGGCCAGCUCGACAACACCUACGUGUUCUUCUCAAGCGACCAUGGUUUCCAACUAGGCCAGUUCAACAUCCCAAUGGACAAGCGCCACGUCUACGAGCCUUGA